UCUAAUUGCAAUCGUUCUUUUCCAGUGGGUCCGCCAUUGUUGGCACACGUAUAUUUUUGAGUAGGUUUGCUGUAAUCGGAUAACAUCUAAAAUGGUGAAUUUCACAGUAGAUGAAAUCCGUAGCAUGAUGGACAAAAAAAAGAAUAUUAGAAAUAUGUCUGUUAUUGCUCAUGUAGAUCAUGGAAAGUCAACAUUGACUGACUCCCUUGUUUCUAAAGCUGGUAUUAUUGCUGGUGCUAAGGCUGGGGAAACAAGGUUCACUGAUACCCGUAAAGAUGAACAAGAGCGCUGUAUUACCAUAAAAUCUACGGCUAUUUCUAUGUUCUUUGCACUUGAAGAGAAAGACUUAAUUUUUAUUACAAACCCUGAUCAACGUGAUAAAGAUGAGAAAGGUUUUUUGAUUAAUCUUAUUGAUUCCCCUGGACAUGUAGAUUUUUCCAGUGAAGUCACAGCUGCUCUUCGUGUAACUGAUGGAGCUCUUGUUGUUGUUGAUUGCGUUUCUGGUGUAUGUGUACAAACUGAAACUGUAUUACGUCAAGCUAUUGCAGAACGUAUUAAACCAGUUUUGUUCAUGAAUAAAAUGGACCGUGCUUUGUUGGAACUUCAAUUGGCUAGUGAAGAUCUUUAUCAAACUUUCCAACGUAUCGUGGAAAAUGUUAAUGUUAUUAUUGCUACAUACUCUGAUGAUGAUGGGCCUAUGGGUGAAGUUCGUGUGGAUCCAAGUAAAGGUUCUGUUGGUUUUGGCUCUGGACUUCAUGGAUGGGCUUUUACUUUGAAACAAUUUUCAGAGAUGUAUGCUGAAAAAUUUGGUAUUGAUGUAGUUAAAUUAAUGAACAGAUUAUGGGGAGAAUCGUUUUUUAAUCCUAAAUCAAAGAAAUGGAGUAAACAAAAGGAACAAGACAAUAAACGUUCCUUCUGUAUGUAUGUCUUGGAACCUAUUUACAAGGUUUUUGAUUGCAUAAUGAAUUAUAAAAAAGAUCAGUGUGAAGAUCUUCUUAAAAAACUGGGAAUUGUUCUUAAGCCCGAAGAUAAAGAUAAGGAUGGAAAAGCUCUUUUAAAGGUUGUCAUGCGAACUUGGUUACCUGCUGGAGAAGCUUUGCUUCAAAUGAUAGCUAUCCAUUUACCAUCUCCAGUUACAGCCCAAAAAUACAGAAUGGAAAUGUUAUAUGAAGGACCUCUGGAUGAUGAAGCUGCUAUUGGUAUCAAGAAUUGUGAUCCAAAUGGACCUCUUAUGAUGUACAUUUCAAAAAUGGUACCUACAUCCGAUAAAGGUCGAUUUUAUGCCUUUGGUCGUGUAUUUUCUGGAAAAGUUUCUACAGGAAUGAAAGCUCGCAUUAUGGGACCUAAUUUUCAACCAGGUAAAAAGGAAGACUUGUAUGAAAAAGCUAUUCAGCGUACAAUUCUUAUGAUGGGACGAUAUGUUGAAGCUAUUGAGGAUGUUCCUUCUGGAAAUAUUUGUGGUCUUGUUGGUGUGGAUCAGUUUUUGGUAAAAACUGGAACUAUUACAACAUUCAAAGAUGCUCAUAAUAUGAAAGUCAUGAAAUUCUCAGUUUCUCCUGUUGUUCGUGUAGCUGUAGAACCUAAAAAUCCUGCUGAUUUACCAAAAUUAGUAGAAGGACUUAAACGAUUAGCGAAAUCAGACCCAAUGGUGCAAUGUAUUAUUGAAGAAUCUGGAGAACAUAUUAUUGCUGGGGCAGGUGAAUUGCAUCUUGAGAUUUGCUUAAAAGAUCUUGAAGAAGACCAUGCAUGUAUACCCAUAAAGAAAUCAGAUCCAGUAGUGUCUUACAGAGAGACUGUUUCAGAAGAAUCAGACCAAAUAUGCUUGUCUAAGUCUCCUAACAAACAUAAUCGUUUAUUCAUGAGAGCACAGCCGAUGCCGGAUGGUCUUGCUGAAGACAUUGAUAAUGGUGACGUCAAUCCAAGAGAUGAUUUCAAGAUACGUGCUCGUUAUCUAAGUGAAAAAUAUGACUAUGAUGUAACAGAAGCCAGAAAAAUCUGGUGUUUUGGCCCUGAUGGAACUGGACCAAAUAUUCUUGUUGAUUGUUCAAAGGGAGUUCAGUAUCUUAAUGAAAUCAAAGAUUCAAUGGUUGCUGGUUUUCAAUGGGCUGCAAAAGAAGGUGUAUUAUCUGAAGAAAAUCUGCGAGGUGUGAGGUUUAACAUUUAUGAUGUUACAUUACAUGCGGAUGCUAUACAUAGAGGUGGAGGACAAAUUAUUCCAACAACAAGACGUUGUCUUUAUGCUUGCCUUCUCACUGCUUCUCCGAGACUAAUGGAACCAGUUUAUCUUUGUGAAAUACAAUGUCCAGAAAUUGCAGUAGGUGGCAUCUAUGGUGUACUCAAUCGUAGACGUGGACAUGUCUUUGAGGAGCAACAAGUGGCUGGUACCCCUAUGUUCGUUGUAAAGGCAUAUCUUCCGGUCAACGAAUCCUUCGGUUUUACUGCCGAUUUACGUUCUAAUACAGGUGGUCAAGCUUUUCCACAAUGUGUAUUUGAUCAUUGGCAAAUUCUCCCAGGAGAUCCUUUGGAAAGUGGAACUCGUCCAUACCAAGUCGUACAGGAUACUCGUAAGAGAAAGGGUUUGAAAGAGGGCUUACCAGAUUUGACUUCAUAUCUUGACAAAUUGUAACCAUCAUGAAUGCACGCAUUAUAUUUAAA